GAAAUCCUAGGCACUUCUCAACCCACCCACCACCUAACCCAGCUCUCUCUCUCGCGUGUCGCCGCGCCUCCGCCAGUGAGUCCUCGAGCUGUGCUUCCUGCAGCCGUGCAGCGUGUUGUCGUCGUCCGCCAUCACUGCACCCAACGCCUGGUGUGCUCCAGUGCUCGCGUCUUGCCUCUCUUCCUCCAGCUGUACUUCCUGGUGAGUGCUCGCGUCUCGCCGCACCGCGCCUCCGUCCCUCCCUCUCCUCUCUUCCGUGGUUGUUGCUGCCUGAACUGCUGCUCGUCCUCCACCUUCUGCCUCUGCAACAACAGAUCUCACAGGAAGAAAGCUGUGACUCGACGGUUCUAUCUGUUCCGAAAGGAAGAAAGCUCAGAAGUUGAGUGGUAGCAGAUAACUGGGAGCGGAAAUCCUGUUUAGGAAAUUCAGUGUUGUCAGUGAAUAUGGCUGUGAAUGAAUUAGACACGGAACAAGACCUUGCACCAUCAAAGAAGAAGCCACUUUCUGAGGAUGAGAAGAGGAAGAAGAAAAUUGUGCCUGGGAGUUUGAUGAAAGCGGUUGUGAGGCCUGGUGGUGGUGAUUCUGGACCUUCAGAUGGUGAUCAGGUUAUUUAUCAUUCCACAGUUCGAACAUUAGACGGAGUGCUUGUGGAAUCUACUAGGUCUGAUUAUGGAGGCAAGGGCACACCAAUAAGACAUGUUUUAGGCAAAAGCAAGAUAUUAUUGGGCUUGCUGGAAGGAAUCCCAACAAUGUUGAAGGGUGAAGUGGCAAUGUUCAAGAUGAAGCCUCAGAUGCACUAUGGUGAGGAUGAUUGUCCUAUUUCUGCUCCUGAUAGUUUUCCAAAGGAGGAUGAACUUCACUUUGAAAUUGAGCUGAUAGAAUUUUUCAAAGCCAAGGUUGUUACUGAUGAUUUGGGAGUUGUGAAAAAGGUUAUUAAUGAAGGUCAGGGUUGGGAAUCUCCAAGAGAACCUUACGAAGUGAAGGCUUGGAUUUCAGCAAAGACAGCUACAGGGAAAUUGAUUAUGUCACAUACAAAAGGAGAACCAUACUUCUUUACAUUUGGAAAAUCAGAGGUACCUAAAGGUCUUGAAAUGGGAAUAGGAACAAUGACUCGGGAAGAGAAGGCUGUUAUAUAUGUUACAAGUCAGUAUUUAACUCAGUCUCCACUGAUGCCUGUAAUAGAGGAUUACGAUGAAGUGCAGUUUGAGGUGGAGCUCGUCCACUUUAUUCAAGUGAGGGACAUGCUUGGAGAUGGGCGCCUAAUAAAGCGCCGCAUUCGUGAUGGCAAAGGUGACUUCCCAAUGGAUUGCCCUCUUCAUGACAGCCUACUUCGUGUACAUUACAAGGGCACGAUUGUCAAUGAAGAAAAUAGAGUAUUCUACGAUACAAGAGUUGAUAAUGAUGGUGAGCCUUUGGAGUUCUGCUCUGGAGAAGGUCUGGUGCCAGAAGGAUUUGAAAUGAGUGUUCGUCUGAUGCUUCCUGGAGAGAUAGCUCUUGUCUCAUGCCCCCCUGACUAUGCAUAUGAUAAGUUUCCAAGGCCAGCAAAUGUCCCUGAGGGUGCUCAUAUUCAAUGGGAGAUUGAACUUCUUGGUUUUGAAAUGCCAAAGGACUGGACUGGAUUGGACUUUAAUAGUAUAAUGAAUGAGGCUGAGAAGAUCAGAAACACGGGUAACAGGCUAUUCAAAGAAGGAAAAUAUGAACUUGCAAAGGCAAAGUAUGAAAAGGUGCUACGAGAGUUUAAUCAUGUUAAUCCACAAGAUGAUGAAGAAGGAAAAAUAUUUGCAGAUACACGGAAUUUGUUACACCUUAAUGUUGCUGCGUGCUAUCUGAAAGUAGGAGAAUGCAGAAAGUCCAUUGAGACUUGCAACAAGGUUUUGGAAGCAAAGCCUGCACAUGUCAAGGGUUUAUAUCGUCGUGGAAUGGCCUACAUGGCUAAUGGAGAUUUUGAAGAAGCAAGGAAUGAUUUCAAAAUGAUGAUGAAAGUUGACAAGUCAGCUGAACCUGAUGCAACUGCAGCUCUUUCGAAAUUGAAGCAGAAGGAACAGGAAGUUGAGAGGAAAGCUCGGAAACAAUUUAAAGGGCUUUUCGACAAGAAGCCUGGAGAGAUUUCAGAAGUCAAAGCUGAUGAAGAUGGAAAUCCAAGUACAAGUGAAAACCAGGACAGUGAAGAACACAGUGACGCCGAUGGAACAAAUUCAGAGGAUUCUCAUGAAGCUGCACCUGACGCACGUCCAAGGAGUUGGAUCUCUCUCUUUUGGCCUACUGGCAAAAGAAUUUUUGAGUCUCUUGGUCUGCAAAGAUGUACCAUACUGUGAUUUAACUUAAAAACAUGAGAUUUUAGCCAUAACACAAAUUCUUAAUGUAUUUGAUGAGGUUACAAAGGCUGAAUUCAUAAGCCACGGGCAGUUGGGCACCUAUCCCUUAAUUAAAGGAGGAAAUAGCAUCCUGCCUUCCUCUUUAACUAGAGAUUUGGGAAAAUAAAUUAUAGAUAUUAACAGCCUAAGGAAAGAUUUUUUCCUAAACUGUACAAUUGAGCAGUUUGUUGACUUGAUUGUGAAAUAGUGACCGGCAUUCAUGUGCGCUAUCUAAAAAAUAGUUGGUGUGGCUAUUGUUUUUU